GGCGGCCACAGGGCGAUGGCGGCGCUGGGCCUGGAGUUGGUGUCGGGGUCGCGGUUGGGCCUCGGGUUGGGGUUGGGGUUGGGGUCGGGGCGCGGGGUCCGGAGGGCGGUAUUGGGGUUAUUCGACGGCCGUCACACAAGACGGACGCCAACCUCCGGGGUCUUGUUCCGCGGCCUCAGCACCUGGUCUCCUCCCCCCCGCCCCCCCGACAGCGAGAACCCAAACACCGGCCACAGAACGACUGGGCCUGUCACGUGGAAAUCCUUAGCCAUCACCUUUGCUGUCGGAGGAACCUUGCUGGGAACCAUGAAGUAUUUAAAGAGGGAGAAAGAGGACAAGAUGGAGAAGGAGAGGACUCGGUCAGUUGGAAAGGCAUCACUGGGGGGACCAUUUUCACUUACUGAUCACACGGGACAGAGCAAGACCAACAAAGACUAUCUGGGACAGUGGAUCCUGAUUUAUUUUGGCUUCACACACUGUCCCGAUAUCUGCCCCGAAGAACUGGAGAAAAUGAUUACAGUGGUGGACGAAAUAGACAAGAUUCCCUCUUUGCCAAACCUGAGGCCUUUACUGAUCACAAUUGAUCCAGAAAGGGAUAAUGUAGAGGCCAUGGCCAGAUAUGUCAAAGAGUUCUCUCCCAAGCUGGUUGGCUUGACUGGCUCACAGGAACAACUUGAACCAGUGACCCGGUCCUUCCGAGUCUACUACAGCCAGGGGCCUAAAGAUGAAGACAACGAUUACAUUGUUGAUCAUACGAUAAUCAUGUAUCUUGUUGGCCCUGAUGGAGAAUUUGUGGAAUAUUAUGGUCAGAACAAGAAGAGCUCAGAAAUCUCUGCUUCUAUAGCUUCAUACAUGAGGACACACAAAAAUAAAUAAAACAUAUUCUCUCUUUUUUAAUGAAAAUAGAUGAAAAUCAAGUUGAACAUUCCCGAGAAAUAAUAUAUUUGCAAUGAUUGUGUUCAGUUAGAAGCUAAUGUUCUUUGACUAAGGGCACACUUUCAUGUUUGAGCGAUGAAGUACAUUGACUAAAACUAGUGCUAAUGAAAUGUCUCAUUGUCUGAGGAAUACACUGACAACAUCAAUUAUGAGUUGAACUCAACAACAACAACAAAAUGACGUGUAAAGUACCUUUCAGGGUGGG